UAAGGUCAAUGGACGCGUCUGCAACCUCACUCACAUGGACUCCAAAGUGCAGUCAGAACAAGCUGAGGUUGAUCUGCCUGUUCGUCUCCGACGAGCAUCCCUGUGCUGACCGGGUGUCCGUCAUCCUGCCUGCUCAGUCCACGCUGCAGCAGCUCAGGAUGCACAUCUCCAUGCAGGUGCAGGACUGCCAUCAAGAUCCCUUUGCAAUACUGGAUCCAGAGAAGUACACGCUGCUGUACGCUAAGACAGAAGAUUGGUACGAGGCCUACGACGACUGUCAGAUCAUCAGGACGCUAAACCUACCGUGGUGCUAUGACGACGCUGGACUGCCAACAGCCCACAUGGUGCUAAAGGAGAUGGUGGCGGGGUAUUCAGAGUGGAAGCGGAAACAACAUCACCUGCUGCCCUUCCUGAUCGGAUGCAAUCUGGAAGAAGAGGUAUCGGGGAGACUUGGAGAGCUGGCAUACACCCGAAGGAAACUGGCAUCUUGGACAAAUCAGGAGCUAAAGCGUCGAGAUGACACGUCGUACACCACAGAGCCUUGGAUUGCAAACACCCCCGUCCCGGACGACUUAAAGUCCCUGCUAAACAGGAAGCUCCCGGUCACGCUACAUUACAUGAACCAGAUCAGCUUCAGUAUACAAGUGGAUUUUAGCGCAACACCUAACAUCCUUCUGAAAUUCUUUCAAAGGGUGAUGGCAGAACAGAAGCAGGACAUUUCUGACACUUUGGUGCUGAAAGUAUCUGGAAGAGAGGAGUUUGUAUCGGGGGACUACCCCCUGAAGGAUUUCCAGUGGGUGCGACAGUGUCUGAAAGACAACCAUGACCUCCACCUGUCUGUGGUCCCUGUCUCGCAGCUCCUAAAAGAGACUGUCCAGUUGGAGGACUUGCCGCUUGUGGAUGCUUUCAUGGGAACUUUCAGCUCCCACGAAGAUCUCUGCCUGGAAGGGAAGCAUUUGGAAGACAUCGACAUGGUAUCCCUGUGGGACUGCAACAGAAAGUUCCGUGUCAAACUUGUCGGCAUUGACGUUCCAACGCUGCCGAGCAAAUCCCUGCAAUGGGUUCGUGUGGAUGCAUCGAUACUUUACGGCAACAAGGUUCUCUCGUCAGUGUCUUCAAGUCCCAAACUCCUCACAGAUGAAGUCCUGUGGAACGAGUGGCUGGACUUUGAUGUGUGGCUUCAGCAUCUUCCACGUGGCGCCAAGCUGGGCUUCACCAUUAGUGCCAGAAGCAGUGACACCAGAGAAGCAAACUCUGCAUCCAAAACGUCUGACGUGGCCAAAGGGAAGGUGAAGGUUCUUUACUUCGUCAAUCUUCUCCUGAUAGAUCACAGGUCGCUCCUCACACAGGGAUCCAUCACCCUGCACAUGUGGUCCCACCCUGACCAGGAGGACGAGGCAGUCACCUACCAAGCAGACAAACUCUCCUGUGCUACCAACCCGGAUCGCGCUAACUCCAUGGCCAUUAGCUUCCUUCUUGAUCGCUACAGCUUCCCCGUGGUUCUCCCAAAGUGCUUUAGCCACACUUCCAACACCAGCAGAUCCCAUUCUGCCGAUGAUGAACAAGCCGAUGAGCCUGAAACCGUCACAUCUUUUUCUCAAUGCGUCCAAAACAAGGCUUGCCUCCGAAGAUUCAGGGAGAAGAGCGUUUGCUACGGCCCUAACCUACCCAAGUUCCUUCGCACCGUGGACUGGAUGAACAGCAGAGUGGUGGAAGAUGUCCACUGGUUGGUGGCUAACUGGGACCCGGUAGAACUGGAUGUGACCGUGGCCCUGGAGCUGUUGAGCAUGGACUUUGCUGACGAGGCGGUCAGGAGAUUAGCGGUCCAGCGUCUGGAGAGCCUGUCCAAUGACGACGUCCUGAAGUAUUUGCUGCAGUUGGUGCAAAGCAUCAAAGUGGAAGCGUACCACGAUAGCGUCCUGGCUCGCUUCCUCAUCCAAAGAGCCUUAAGGAGCAAGCGCAUUGGCCACUUCCUCUUCUGGUACCUACGCGGAGAAGUGCUGGCAUGUCCGUAUUUCCGCCAGCGCAUGGCCGUGGUUCUGGAGGCCUACUUGCGAGGCUGCGGUCAGGCCAUGCUGGAUGGCUUCGCCCGGCAGGUGGAGGCCGUGAACGCCCUGCAGGAGGUCGCCGUCACCAUGAAGAGGCUCUACCCUGAAAAAACAGGCCUUGCUCCUGCAGCUUCACUCAAGCUUCAGCAGCUCCUUCAAGACAGCGUUCUUCCUGAGUUCCUGCUGCCUUUGGACCCCCGCAUCAAAGUAGGACAGAUUCUGCUGGACAAAUGCAAGGUGCUGGCGUCCAAGAAGAGACCUCUGUGGCUGGAGUUCUCGGCCAUGCCGUCACCAGGCUCUGCUCCGGCUGUCGGGAUCAUUUUCAAACAAGGAGAUGACCUCCGACAGGACAUGCUGAUUAUUCAGACUUUAAUGGUGAUGGAGUCAAUAUGGCAGGAGCAGUCACUGCACCUCAACCUCCUACCGUAUGGCUGCAUCUCCACGGGACACAACAUAGGAAUGAUUGAGAUCGUACGAGACGCGGCGACCAUCGCAGCAGUGCAGAGGAGCCACGGAGGAACCAAUGGAUUCUUCAGAGAUGAUGCUGUCUUUGAGUGGCUCAGAUCCAAGAGUUCACUCCAGGAAAUUCACUUCAAGACUGUGGAACGCUUUGUCAAGUCUUGUGCUGGAUACUGUGUGGCCACAUACGUGCUCGGCAUUGGCGAUCGUCACAAUGACAACAUUAUGAUCACGCAUGAAGGCAAUUUGUUCCACAUUGACUUUGGCCACAUUUUGGGGAACAGGAAGCACUUCCUGGGAGUCAGCAGGGAGCGUGUUCCAUUUGUCCUCACGCCUGACUUCCUGUAUGUCAUGGGGAGAGUGAAAGGUGGUAACAGCCUCUACUUUCAGCUCUUCAAAGACUCGUGUGUUCAGGCCUACCUGGCGCUGCGUUCACACUCGGGCCUGCUGGUGACGCUCUUCUCUCUCAUGCUGCUGACCGGCAUGCCGGAGCUGAGUGCCGCGGAGGACAUGCAGUACCUGCGGGAGGCGCUGCAGGAGGACAAGAGCGAGACAGAGGCCAAGAAGCAUUUCCUUCUGCAGAUUAGCAGGUGUGAACAGCUGGACUGGACUGUGCAGGCCAACUGGUGGAUCCACCGGAUGGCAAAUAGAUGAGACAUGAUGAUAUUAUUCAUUUAAUGAUAUUUCUCCCCAUGGAUGCUCAUCUCAAACCUUUCAGCAAUUUCCCUGAACCUUUGCCGUAGAAAGCAGUGUAUUGGUGGCCAAAAUGGAAAGUUCGCUCUGUCCAUGCUAGCUAGCAGGAUAACAUUACCCAGAGGGCUGGCUCAUGCUUGAAUGAAGUAUCCACAUGGUGUGUGAAAGGUCAUGGUUCAGGUCAAGGUCAAGUAGGGCUGCAGAGCUAUGCCACCAUCACACUUCCAAUGUGACACAUUAGAAACAAUGCAAACCAUAAAACUGCUUCGUUUUUGUGUGAAUUGCUUUAAAAAGCUCAUAAGACCAAAUACUGUCAUAGAUAACAAUGAAAUGAAGUGGUGAUAAGUUCAGACAGAGUUAAUAGUUCAUUCAUAAAAAUGAAAAAACAAAGCCCCUGCCAGUCAGAGACUAAGUAAAUG